UCCGGGGCCGGGGAGAGGCCUGCGGGGGAGCUGGCUGCUUCGGCCGCGAGCCUGACGGACGUGGGAGGCCCUGCCGGCCGGGAGCUGGACGCCGGGAGGAAACCCAGGUUGACAAGAACUCAAAGUGCCUUUUCUCCGGUCUCCUUCAGCCCCCUAUUCACAGGUGAAACAGUAUCGCUUGUGGAUGUGGACAUCUCUCAGCGGGGCCUGGCCUCUCCACACCCUCCAACUCCCCCUCCUCCUCCGAGAAGAAGCCUCAGCCUCCUAGAUGAUAUCAGUGGGACGCUGCCUACAUCUGUCCUUGUGGCUCCGAUGGGGUCUUCCCUGCAGUCUUUCCCCCUACCUCCGCCUCCUCCACCCCAUGCCCCAGAUGCAUUUCCGCGGAUUGCUCCUAUCCGAGCAGCUGAAUCCCUGCACAGCCACCCCCCGCAACACCUCCAGUGUCCCCUCUACCGGCCCGACUCGAGCAGCUUUGCAGCCAGCCUUCGAGAGUUGGAGAAGUGUGGUUGGUAUUGGGGACCAAUGAAUUGGGAAGAUGCAGAGAUGAAGCUGAAAGGGAAACCAGAUGGUUCUUUCCUGGUACGAGACAGCUCUGAUCCUCGUUAUAUCCUGAGCCUCAGUUUUCGAUCACAGGGUAUCACCCACCACACUAGAAUGGAGCACUACAGAGGAACCUUCAGCCUAUGGUGUCAUCCCAAGUUUGAGGAUCGCUGUCAGUCAGUGGUGGAGUUCAUUAAGAGAGCCAUCAUGCACUCCAAGAAUGGGAAGUUUCUCUAUUUCUUGAGAUCCAGGGUUCCAGGACUGCCACCAACUCCAGUGCAGCUGCUCUAUCCAGUGUCCCGAUUCAGCAAUGUCAAAUCCCUACAGCACCUUUGCAGAUUCCGAAUCCGACAGCUCGUCCGGAUAGAUCACAUCCCGGAUCUCCCACUGCCUAAACCUCUGAUCUCUUAUAUCCGAAAGUUCUACUACUAUGAUCCUCAGGAAGAGGUAUACCUGUCGCUAAAGGAAGCGCAGCUUAUUUCCAAACAGAAGCAAGAGGUGGAACCGUCCACGUAGCGAGGGGCCCUGCUCGUCACUACUGAGGGCAUUUGGUUGCCAAGCUCCGGUUUUGAAGAACCAAAUGAAGGUACCAUGAAAAGAGGAGUGAGGAAAAAACAAGAGGAACUAGGAAGGGUUGGGAUCCUCUGUGCAAAGACUUUGGUCCCCUCGCCACCCUGGGGCUUGGAAGAAGCACACAACCACACUGAGUGGGGCUCCAACCUUUCCCAUCCGCCCAUCUGGUGUCUUGGAACUGGAUGAGCUCCUGGAAAACUGGAAGAAGUCUCAACACUGUUCCCUUUUCACAACUUUUGUUUUGGAUAUUUACAUUUCUUGGUAUGGAAAACUCAAAGGCAGCUGGGUUUUGCGCCCAUUGGAUUGGAAAUGGUGUGAAGGGUGAGCAGGUCCAGAGGAGGGUUGGGCUGGGGAUUGCCAGCGCCGGUCAAACAGCUGGUGCCAAAGGCAGAUGCGAGUCUUCGCCAUUGACCUUGUAGAAGGGGAGAAGGAGUCCAGUGCAAAUGAAGUUAGGAGUUUCUGGAGGAUGAGAAUCUGCUUCUCUUUAAGCAUAUGUAGCUUCAGUAGGAGCAGGAGGGUAGGAGGAGGGAGGUCUCAGAAGAAAAGAUUACUGCACAAAAACUGGCAGAUGGCCUCUGCCGGGGGAAGUAGUGACUCCUUGAAUCCUUUCCUUUUAAUUUAGGAACCUGGUUUCAGAAUCACCUCUCGUAGAAGCUGGAUUCGUUUUGUUUUAUUUAAUUUUUAAGCUCUGUGACCUCAAGUUAACCUCAUUCUUUCUCCAUCCUCAGCCUGUCCCCCAAGAUAACUGUACAUUUCACUGUGGUCAUGGUCACAUCAUUCCUAUUGCUUUCGCCAGCUGUCAACGCAAUAGUUUUUUCAUCACCUGAGCAGUAGCGCUCCAAUCAUGGCUGCUAAAGUUAAUGGAGCGUGCCUCCAGAUUCUUAAUGGCAAACCGUACCCAUGACUUAGGAGCCAGUGUUACUUACCUCCAGAUGUCUGUCAGCUAGUGAGAGGGACUGUGGAGGAAGGGUGUGAAGCGAAGCUAUCAUGGUUGGGCUCUUACUACUGAAAGCUCUCUAGUGUCUCAACUGGAAUAGGAUGUCCUUCGAUCAGAGAGGAGAAGAGCGCUACAUCUCACGGUGUAUCACUGUCGCCCACUUCUGGAACGGGAGGUAGCAAGGGCUUCUUCAUUUUCCUGUGUUCUUUCUGGCAACCCAAACAUGUUCCUGAGUCAGAUCCUGUUUGUCCUCCUUUGACUGGGAUUCUGUCAUGCUGAUUUCGGAGUUGCCAGUCUUCCAGUGGAAGGGAGAAGGAGGAAGAAAAACUCCAGUGCUUCUCAGUGGCCCUCAAUUUUCUCUGAAGCAAGCCAUUGUCAGAUCAUGUAAGAUUAUGCGUUUGCUUUUGUGUAGAGUUACUCUGGGGAAAGGUUUGCUAUUAAGAUGUGAAAAUUGAGCUGUUUGGUCUUUACUGCUCUCUUGCAGUAGUGUUCCAUUAGACUGCCUCAUUUGCUUCCUCUCUGCUUAUCUCUGUCUCAUCUCAUUAGAUAAAUAGUUUGUCAGGUUUCUCGUUUCCUGAUGGCUUGGGGUGAGGCCCAGUGAUUUGGGGCCUCACCUUGUAGCUGAGCAGGGAGGAAAUGUGCAUUGUUAUUUGCCUCUGAAGAGGUGGCCCCCAGAAUGAGCUGUGAACCAUAAACACAGCCACCUCUGGUUUGUCAGGAGGUCCCUCUUUCUGGCCUCCGUGGUUGUCUCACCAACCAGUUAAGACUGUGAUCCCAGAAAUGGACUUGGCCUGUGAGUCUUGCUUCUUGAGGGUACAGACUAAUUUGCCAGCUUGCAGAAAGCACCACCCCACCCCCACCCCCACCACCGUAGAGCCUGAAGUCGAAUCCAUUUGGAUCCUUGAGUGGCUGGUGUGCAGCUACCUGGGAUUUUUUUUGACCACUUUAGCUAUCAUUUAAAACCAUUCUUAGUGUUUGUUUGCCUGGCUCUGGGCUGGAUAUGGAGGAAAACACAAGAAGUGGAAGACAGGGUAUCUGGCCUUCAUGACCUUUUAGGUGACUGCCACACAUGAAGCAACUGGAGAAUGACUCCAUGGCAGAGAAGCAAGGGCUGUGUUUAAAGAACUUCAGAGUGGGUAAGAGCAGGGUAGACCAGAUGGUGUAGGAAAGCUGAGGCGGUGAGGCUCUGGAUCGUGGGCGAGGGCAGGACCAUAAGUUGAGAAACACAGGAACCAAAAGCAUGGAGGCAGAAGUCUGCAUGGUGUGUACUGAGCAGUGCACAGCCCCAGGUUAGAGCGGAAGCACUUCAGAGUCCAUUUCAGUGCAGUAGUCGAGACCGGAACUUCCAGGUAUUGGGCAGAUCUGAUUGCUGAGGGCUUAUGAUGGUAAACUUGGGUCCAAAGCCAGAAGUCACCUGGGUUCCUGCCCAUGGCCAAGGACCUCAUUGCUCUCAGUGCAGCCUGGGUGAGGGAGGCAGAGCUCCCGGACCCUCUGUGGUACCAGGUUUCUGUUGGAGAUUUCCCGUGUUCAGGUACAAGUGCAAACGCUCUGAGGAGGCCCAACCCCACCCUGUCCCCCUUUUUCCUGGGAAGGGUGGUGUUUACCUGUGUCCGAGAUCUGUCUGUGCUUUAGUCGUAGCCCAGGCUGCAGCCCAGUCCUUCCUCAGUAGAGUGGGCUAAAGGCAGAGGAGUACAAGGGGGACAGGCUCCAUCAGAUGUGGGGGAAGGGCUGUGGCGGAGGUGCCAGCUGCUCAGAGAGUAAACGGAGCCGGAGCAGCCCGCCUGUGGUCAGCACUUCCUUCAUCUCUCUGGCUGGGCCCACGCCCUCCUCUGCUAGUUCUGUGCAGUGCUCAUUGAAAUGCAGUCUACGGAGGGUACUUACUCCUUCUGGGUUGUAUUUUAAAGUCACAAACUGGAAAAGGCUCUCACUCCUAGAGACCCCUCAUUGAUAGCUAAGGUGGGUGGGUGGUGUCAGUCCCCUGAGGCCCUGCCUGUGUAACCCUCGCUUGUUUAAGGUUGAUCUGCUGGAACCUUCCUCACUGUGAGCUAGUCUCAACUACUGCUACAACUUGCUACUGCUUGGAACUCUGUGCGCUGAGGGAGGAGCGCAGGAGUAAGGAGGGUGAGGGGGUUGGUGUAGGGACUAGGUGAAUGGGUGACGCUGGGAGUUUGGGACCAUUGGUGAUGACCUUGGCUGGUCUGUCUGUGGCUCAUUAUAGUGAAUGUGUAUUCACUGGAGUCUGAGCUGAGGACUUCAACCAUCAGCCUCCCGUGAGGAAAGGCAUGGCCGGGAGCUCGCCGCCCAGUUUAUGCCCCUCCACCUCUUCUCUCCUUUUCACUUGGCUGAUUUUGCAGGCCCCUUAUUAAGGCUGGGAAUGAUGUUAAAAUAGCUGUGAACACCCAUGCAGUGUGCAUCCUGGAAGAACUGGGGAGCAGGGAGGGUGGCUCGUGGUCCCAGAUCUGGGUGUAAGAGACUAGAGUGGAGCUGAUGCCCUGUGGUGGCCGCCCAUUCAGGCAUCACCCAGAGCCCCCAGAAGAGCUGGGCCUGCUAGGCGCCCUCAGGGCCCAGCAGGGGGUGGCGGGUGAGAGGAACUUUUCCCUUAGGUUCCAUCUGUCUGCCCUGCUGCCUCUCCCUUGGCCUUGAGCCCUGAGUGUGGAGGACUGGGCACUGGGAUAGAGCUGUGGCUGCAGGAGGCAGUGUGAGAGUUGUGUGUGCGUGUGUGGUGUGUGUGUGUGUCUUCAUUUGUGGAAGUCUUGUCGCCAAGCUGGGGUGUUGAGAGCAUCUCCAUUGCGGGGAGACUUGCCAUUUGUUUUCCACUUUUAAGAGAAUGACAUGCCCCCUGUCCCUAAGGGAGGAGCUUUUGAGUUAGACAUUUUCCCUAUGGGAAUCCUCUUGGUUUUGUCUGUGGGAAAGGGGGGGGACAGAUGAAUGAUUUUUAUCUCUUAAUCGUCAACACAGCUGUUCUUACACUGAAUUUGUGCUAUUGCAUACAUGUAGCCAUCUUUCUUUUCACUGCAGCAGUGUUUAUUAGUAGUUCAAAAUGAUUUAUUUGCUCCUGGGGAGUAAAACCUUUUUUAUUAAAAAAAGAAAAAGAAAAAAAAAUGUGACCCCCCCCUUCCCCAUGAUUGUGAUCAGAUUAUUGGGCCACAAAGCUCAAGAAGGCAAAGUCAAGUCCGCCAGGCGCCUCGCCGAUCCUGUGUGACAUGGAGCUUCUUGCUCAGCACAAAGUGACAGGGGGCCUGGAGGCGGAGAGCAGAGCCUUGGGAAGAGUGAGAUGGGGUUGGACCGCAGAGACGGGCGCUGGGGACUCGGGUGCUGCAGCCAGAAAAACAGAUAUGAAUUGUAUUUAAAAUAUUGACUCUAAUCUGCCAGAGAAAGACCUUCCUUACGUGCAGAUUCUAUGUUGUCUUUGUCCUUUUCGUCCCUACUUGACCUUCCUUGGUGUAGGCGCUGUCCAUUUCUUUCCUGGUUACUUCCUGUCCUUUCUACCCCCUUCUCCCAUCUCUGUCCCGUCCCCUCUACCUCCCGGAAAGCCAGUCCUGCAUGCUGAGUCUGUGACCUGCCUUCAAACCCAUUUCAUCUCUUGUAGAGGGUACCUGGACUGCUCCCUCCCCGUCUCCCAGCCCCCCUCCUCUGCCAUGCUGAGGGGCAUCAAGGGGCAGGCAAAAAGCAGCCAGCUGUGGCGGAAGACAUGCAUGUCUGGUUGCAGCUGGACUGCGAUCUCAUAGUUGCCCCUGGAGAUAGAGUGCAAGGAAAGCUUAGGGCACUCCCGAUCAGAACCCAGGGUAACAUAGCCCCACUCAGACUGCAUCCUAAGCGCCCUACCCAGCUCAGGUGGAGCGGAAGGCUGGUCUGACUACUCAUCCUUGGUGCUCCCUUAAGCAGGGACCUUCCCUCGCUGUUAGGCCCAGAACCUAUUCCAAGGGACAAGCGUAAUCCAGGCACCACGCUGUGGGCAGGCCAAGUAUUGGAAUUCCCAAACUGGUGCUGCCUGUGGCAUAGCCACUGCUGUACAUUUUUUGGUUAUUUUUAAGAAACUCAAGGCGGGUGUCAUUCUGUGCUUGGGUAGUUGCCAAUCCUUCACCAAAGGGGAACCACACCCCCUGCAACCACUUCUGCCCUUCAGCCCCCACCUGCCACCCAUACCCCUGCCCUCCUCCAAGCCAAAGCGUGGCCUGGCUUUUAUCUUCCCAUUUAGUUUUUCUCCUUUCCUCUCCCUUUUUGUGCUUAAUUUAUUAAAAUAGUUACUGUAUAAUUUAUUUUCAUAAGCUAUAAAAAAUUACUAAAUGGUUAAAAUAGACUUGCAGGCCAAUCUUAAAUGGGGUGGGAGGGGCUGAGGGUGGGGUGGGCAAAGAUGUUUUGAUAUAAACAAAACAAAUGCACUUUGGGUGUGAUUUGGUAUUUUUCUGGGGCUAGAGGGGUGGGUUGGGAUGUCCCUGUAGGUUAGUUCCAGAGCGGGCUGUCUGUAUAUAUUGUAGUAAUAGGCAUGUUUGACUCUUGUGAAGGGACAUUAGUAGCUGCUGCAGGUCCUGUUUGGAACCCCAUGUACAGUUCCCAGUUUUUUGUAAGUGUCAGUGCGGGAGGCAUUUGACUCUUGUGUUUGUAUCUCCUUUUUAUGAUUGCUGUACUGACCCAUGUCUUUUUGGGGAGGGGUGAAAAGAGAUUUGAAAUAAAACUGUUUAGAAAUUACUUCAUAUUA